AUGGCUCGUCCUCAAGAGUAUCCUAUCUACUACGAACAGAGAUACUCAGUAAGAUCGUCACGUUACCCAAUAUCGCUCAGGAGCAAGACCAAGACCAAGAACCUCCCUGGUCUUCCUGGACCGGUCACCCAACCAGGAGCACAGAUGAGCGACAAGCCUCCUAGCAUGAUCAUGGAGCCACACAUGGCAUACCUGAAGAGUUCAGACAAGAGGUUCCUCAAGCGUUCCGGAACCAAAAAGUCACAAGCUUCAAACGUACCAAGCAUCUCCGUACGAAGUGUUGGGAGCGAGCCUACAUCACCCAAUUCAUCGACACACAGACAGACUCGCUGGAGUUGGACAAACUCUGAAGCACCAUCAACACCUCGCUUGAAUAUCGAGAGAAAGAGGACGUCAAAUGGAUCACUCGUCCCUAAUUACAAGCCUGUUGGAUUUGGUAACGACUACCAGCUAACAUCUAUCCAAGAAGAUAGCCUUUCGCCUGGACUGCCUACAACACAGCCGGUGCCCAGGACGGGUGGAGUACCUGGAAAAGCGCAAGAGCUCUUGGAGACUGGUGGUACUGGCUAUCUCCCUCCGAGAGUACCAUCAAAGUCCAAGUCAUCAGCGCCGUGGAAGUCAGUCUUCCGCGGCUGA